AUGCGGCGCACGCGCGUUUGGCUUGUGUUUGUGCUUGUUGUGGGGUGCGUGGUGGCGGCGUCGGCGGCGGCGGUGACGUGGCGCGAGGGGCACGGAGCGUUCGCGCGACCGCGGCGGCACGACGACGAUGCCAAGCCGCCCGCGGACGACCCGGACGAUGGCAUGCCGGAUGACGGCGGCGACGACGAUGGCGAUGGCGGUGGAAAGAGCGGCUACGUGCCGCAGCCCCCGGUCGACAUCGGCUUCCUAUCAGUGGGCCUCUCCGCCGCGAUGGUCGCGAUCAACGUCCUCGUCUCGAACCGCCUGUCCCUCGGCGCGGGCCCGCGCAUCGCCGUCUCCGCCGGGCGCUGCGUCGGGCAGCUCCUGCUGCUCGCCGUGGUCCUCCGCCCGAUCCUCGAGCUCGACACCUGGCUCCUCGUGCUGCCCUACCUCGCGAUCAUGCUCCUCCUCGCGUCCUACGAGGUCACCGCGAAGAUCACGCACGGCUACGCCGGCGUGUGGCUGCACGUGCUGCUGUGCCUGGGCGCCUCCGCGACGUCGAUGCUCCUCUACGGCAUGCUCGUCAUCCUGCGGCUCGGGUCCGCGUGGUUCAACCCGCAGUACUCGAUCCCGCUCUUCGGCAUGCUGCUGGGCAACUCGCUCACGGCGCUCACCCUGGGGCUCAACCACUCGCUCGGCAAGCUGCACGACAAGCGACACGAGGUCGAGGCGAUGCUCGCGCUCGGGGCGUCGCGGUGGGAGGCGGCGCGCGAGCUGGUGCAGGGCGCGCUGACGCAGGCACAGACGCCCAUGCUCAACAUGCUGGCGACAGCGGGGCUGGUGAAUAUUCCAGGAAUGAUGACGGGGCAGGUGAUUGCGGGGCAGGACGUGAUGCAGGCGGCGCGGUACCAGAUCAUGGCGCUGUUUCUGAUCGCGGCGACGGUGUGCGCGUCCUCGGCGGCGGUGGUGUUGCUGGCGGUGUUCACGGUCGUGGACGGCGCGCACCGGCUGAACAGCGCGAUGAUGGCGCAGAACGGCGGCGGGGCGCCGAAGAAGACGCUCUCGGCCGCGAUCGACCAGGGGCUGCGCGCGCUGGGCGACCGGCUCGCGUACGGUGUCGCGAACAUUCAGGACAGAUACCACGUGCUGCAGCGGCGGUUCGGCCGGCGCGGCGCGGGCUACCGGCCGCCGCGCCGGCAGGGCUCGGUCGCGGCCCCCGAGGACGAGCACGCGCACAUGCUCCCUGGGGCUCCGGGCGCGUCCGAUACGCACGACAGCAGCGAUGGGGUGACGUACGCACCGCCCAUCGCCGCGGAGCGCGUGACCGGCCGCGGGGUGGCCGCCGGCGUCGGGGACCUCGCCCUCGGCGGCCCCAUCCACCGCCACACCGGCAGCGGCGCGGGCGCGGGCGCGAGCGCCACGGAACGCGACGGCUAG